AUGCCAUACGUUCAAAAUGUAUGCGUAUCACUCAAUAUUUGUAGAACUGCUACUUGUACAAGUAGGACUCAGUUUGAUCCAGCAAAGUCACAAACAUUCGUGAAUGUCUCUGGAACGUGGAAUCAGGAUACUCAUGGAGCAGUAAAUGGUGUGCAAGGAAGAGACACCGUGAGGGUUGGCUCGACCGGCGAAACCCAAUUGCUGGCCAGUUGCAUCUUUGGAAUGGCUACAACGGUGUCAGAUCAGUUUGGUACUGCCAUGUCUGGCUACGAUGGAAUGCUUGGCCUUGGAGUCAACCCCAGCAGUGGAAUUCCCAGUGACCCUUUUUUGGUGCAGCUUGAUAAGAGCAAGACAUUGGAUCGAACAAUGUUUACCGUCUACAUGAACAAAAAUUCGCUAACGCAAGGAGCAAAAGCAGGAAGCGUGACAUAUGGUGCCACAGAUUCCAUCAAUUGCCUAUCGAACCCUAAAUAUUACAAGCUAUCAUCAAAUACCUUCAUCCAGCUUAAGGUAAAUAAAACUUCAAUAACAUAUAAUAUGAUACCAACAUUCUUUGACGAAGCAUGGAAAAAGCCGAAUACGCAGUGUUGUGGUCCAUAG